GAUCGCUAGCCGAAGAAACAGCCAUAUUGACCGCAUUCCCUCUGCCGCAUCUCUCAUAAUUUCUCAGCACAUACAUUUAUAUACUGUAAGAAGGUGCAUGUUGCGAUAGCUAUCUCCUCAAGAUGGUCCGCGAGGGCCUCAUCGACUCUGCAGUCGCUUUUCUUCAAGAUCCAACAGUUGCGCAGGCCCCGAUCGACAAGAAAAUCGCGUUUCUCCAAUCCAAGAACCUCACACAGGAGGAGAUUGAUGUCGCAUUAGCACGGGCAGGAGAUAGCUCUGCGCCAGUGCCAUCCUCCUCUGGCCCACCAGCGAAUUACCAGUAUCGGCCUCCAUAUCCGCAGCAGGGCUAUCCUCCUUAUCCUCCAUAUGGCUUCCAGCAGCCUCCACCAGAGGUCCCGAGGCGCGACUGGAGGGAUUGGUUCAUUAUGGCCACUGUUUUGGGUGGAGUAGGGUACGGCCUUUAUUUCACUGCGAAGCGAUAUAUCGUUCCGCUUAUUGCACCCCCCACACCACCUCAGCUUGAGCAAGACAAGCAAUCGAUAGACCAGUCGUUUGAGAAAGCAUUCGCCCUCCUAGACCAGCUGAACACUGAUACGGAGGCGUUGAAGGCAGCUGAGCAAAGUCGCACCGAACGCCUAGAUGCAGCGCUGGCGGAAUUAGAGUCUGUCCUGUCAUCGCUGAAAGAAGCAGAACGUAAGCGUGAAGAUGAAGCUAAACGGAACGCGGACGAAAUCAGAAGCUUGCGCGAGCUCAUACCCAAGGCCUUGGAAGGCCAGAAAGAUGUCACGGAGGCGCGACUGAAGAACCUUGGUGAGGAGCUGAAAUCUCUGAACAAGCUCGUCAGCAACCGCGUCGGUGGGACUGCCAGUACGACACCAGCCUCGACAACGGCGACUGCUCGUCCUGUUUCUUCCGCAUCCGGAAACACGCUUAAUACGUUCAACGCGACGGGCUCCUCCUCGGCGGCGCGUGAUAGUACGUCACCUGUGCCGCCGUCUCCGACUACGAAUGGCAACGUCUUGGGUAGCAGCUCGCAAACGCAGACCGAGACCUCUGCACCAGCAGAGGGCUCUCGGAGCUCCACACCGUCAGCUUUGAGCACCAGAUUUGGCUCGGGCAGUGGCAAGGCCAGCAUCCCUGCUUGGCAGAUGGCCGCGGCUAAGAAAAGCACAGAAGGAUUGAAGGACGAAGCAAAGAAGGACACGAGCGCCAGUGGCACUGCAGUUGAUGCUACAUCGUGAUGAAUAACACUGAUACAUGCCGAAAACCAUCUCUCUCUUUGAUCUUGGCCUCUUCAUUACUGUAUUGCUAAACUGGUGGAUUUCAGCUAAUGCCUAGUAAAAGGUCUGGUGAGUAAGGUAAUGCAUCGUCGGCGGCGCUUACAUACUCAGCUUAAGUGCGCUCUAAAAUCUCAAAUAAGUGCGCGGUUCUUGCCGUUGUUAGCUUAUUUUGCUUUCAUCAUGGGACAGCGCCACGUUUCCC